AUGUUCACUUCUCAUCUACAAUCUAGGAGGCCAAAUCCGCCUCCUGAACGACCCCGCAAAGCCUUCCGGCCCCCACGACGCCAGAUUGCCUUCCGAAAAGAAUAUAUCGCGACCUCAGAAACACGUCUGGUUCUUAAACCACAGGGCGACGCCGAAUCGGCCGUUUCAUUCAAGAUCGUCGACGAUGAAAACGGCUUGGUGAAGUUCACCGUGAGUGGCAGGAAGUAUGGCGAUCGUGCUUGUCGAGAAUUUCGGGACUCUUCAGGGCUCCCCCUUUUUGAAAUUCAUCAGAAAGCCGUCUUCAUACAUUCUUGGCUUAUAACAUUGCCCGGAAGCGAUCAUACAAGUAUAGCCAAAGCUGCUCCAAAAUGGUCCUUUAUCCAGGGUCUCCAUGAUUUAAGCCUAUCGUUCGAGAACCAAGCUGCUGUGAAUGGGAAAGAGCCAGAAGAGAAACGGAUUAAUUUAAUUAUUGAGAGACACGGUAGCAUCCUAGCGUUAUAUGAUGUUGUGGACGGGGAUAGAAAGGUGGCGACAGUGAGGGAAAGUAUAGAGCACAACGAGAUUUUGCCCUUUAUGAACUCUCGAUGGCACAGACAUAAACCUAUUCUCGAGGUGACUGUAACUUCUGGAGCAGACAUGUCAAUGGCUGCUGCUAUUGCCGUGAUACUAUCAGAUUGGGUGUUUAAAACAGGCUGGGUGAUCUAG